UGUUGCUAAACGUUUGUCUGCUUAAAAUUUUGUCAGACUUAUUUUUCGCCACUGGUGCUAUGUUACAUAGCGUUCUUACAUUUUAUUGUCUAUUCUCAGCAAAUUUUUGCACUUAACAACCAUAUUACACUCAUUUACGAAACUCUUUUUUUUUAUUAGAUUCUUUAGACAUCUGUGAAAAUUUUAAUAUAACAAAUUAUAUUUGCCAUGUUUUAGUAUGAAUUUUUUUUAUUUUUGUUGUGACUUUGAGAGAAGUGUGAAAAAAUAAUAUCAUAUAAAAGACCAAGAAAUAAAAUAUAUUAAAUUUAUUUUUUUAUGUAUCAGAGAUAGAAGCAAGGGAAGGAAAAAUCCGAAAUUAAUAACAAAAAGAAUCUAGCUUCUCUGGUUAAAAAGUAUGUCCAAUUCCACUGAAAAACUAUGCAGUUGUAAUGAUGAGCGCAUUAAGCAGAUUGUUGCCGACGCCCUCAACAGCAGUGAAGCAGGGGAUGCCACCUGGAUUUUGACAAGUGCUUUUAUUAUUUUUACUAUGCAAAGUGGAUUUGGACUACUUGAAGCUGGCUCAUGUUCGAUUAAAAACGAAAGCAAUAUCAUGAUGAAAAACGCCAUUGAUGUCUUGUUUGGUGCGUUGGGUUAUUGGCUUUGUGGUUUUGGGUUAAGUUUUGGUCAAAGCGAAUAUACCAAUGCAUUUACAGGAAUUGGAGCUUUUCUUACAGACUCUACUGAUCAAGACAUGGGGCAUUUAUUUGCCAAAUAUUUCUUCCAACUUUCCUUCGCCACAACAGCGACAACCAUAGUGUCUGGUGCAAUGGCUGAAAGAACUAACCUAAAAGCGUACAUGUUGUUUUCAUUCCUAAAUAUGUUUUCGUAUGUUUUUCCGGCACAUUGGAUAUGGGAUGACAAAGGGUUUCUACACGCACUAGGAGCGCAAGAUGUUGCAGGUUGUGGACCUGUCCACCUUAUUGGUGGAACUGCUGCUUUUGUGGCUACGCUGGUGUUGAAGCCAAGAUAUCAUCGAUUCGAUGAGAAAGAGGCACAAGAUUACGAGCAUUCAUCUCCUAUGAAUAUAAUUCUUGGACUGUUCAUGUUAUGGUGGGGCUGGUUGGGAUUUAAUUGUGGCUCCACAUUUGGUGUGAGUGGAGGAAAAUGGAAGCUUGCAUCCAGAGCCGCUGUAGUCACAGUUAAUGGUUCAGUCGGAGGCGGUUUGUUUGUUAUAUUUUACUGCUACAUUCUGACAAACAAAUUUAACCGUAAACUCGAUGUUGGAAUUUUUGCAACCGGUAUCUUAGCAGGAUUGGUGAGCAUAACUGGGAUUUGUGCAAUUUGUAGACCCUGGGAGGCACUCCUAAUUGGAUUCAUUGGAGGUGCAAUAGCGUGUUAUGGUUGCACUUUACUUGAGUACCUUAAGAUUGAUGAUCCAGUUUCAUGCGUUCCUGUUCAUGGAUUUGCUGCUAUAUGGGGACUGAUUAGUGUGGGUUUCUUCGCAGAAAAAGAUAUCUUUGACAAUCUGAACGAGAGCGAGGGUUUAUUCAAAGGUGGUGGACCUAAUCUUUUGGGAUACCAACUACUUUCUAUUGUGUGCUACUGCACAUGGGCAGCAAUCACUACGUUUGUUGAGCUGUAUAUCGCAGACAAAGUGUUUGGGCUCAGAAUAUCAUUGGAGCAGGAGCUCAUUGGAUCUGAUUUUUCAGAGCAUGGAAUAUCUGUGAUUGCUAAAGAGUCAUCUGAAGUGGACAAAAAUGGCGACCACAGCUACGAAACAACAACCAAUGUACAGCAUUCUAUCAAAGCUCUUAAGAAGAAUAUGCUGCUGCGGAGCUGCUCCAAUGCGUUUUCUAGGCGAAAUCAACUUGUCAAAAAAGAAAACGUUAGAAUUUACCCGGAAGAACAACAGGAAAAUGAGAAACCUACCUUUUCAAUCCAUAAUAAAUACAAAGAGAAAAACUACUGGAAGGCAGGUGUUGUAAACUUUGGAUAUAUGACUAUUGCUGACGGAAGAAAAGAGAAUCAAAAUUGCCCCGAAAACUAUAUUUCGAACCAUACACCUGUUUCAAAAAACAACGACGAUGUGAUCCCAUUCGCUAAUUCUGAAAACACAACAAUGGAGUCUUAACGAAGUAACAUCUCAAUCUAAAGGCAUAAAUAACUUAAUUGUUUAUUAAUUAAAUAAUUUUAAAACUUAA